AAAGAGGGAACCAUAGAGUUUCCCCCAGGUGGGAGGCAGAGCGCGGCACGAGGGAGCGGCCGCUCUGAGCCCUCCUCUCUACUGCCGCGUCAGAGCGAGCGAGAAGAAUCAUGGCGGCCGGCGGAGGAGCGGCUCGCGGCUCCUGAGGGCCCGUCGCUCGCCGACAUGUACUCGGCCGCCUCCUCUGCGUCUCCGCCGCCGCCCCCCAGGCGGGACUUCAUCUCGGUGACCCUCAGCCCCGGCGGUGCGCUCGAGGGAGCGGCGGCAAUUGGGGGCAGCGGCUACAACAACAGCAAGGCCUGGCGGAGGCGCUCCUGCGUGCGGAAAUGGAAGCAGCUGUCCCGCCUCCAGCGGAGUGUGAUCCUCUUCUUGUUUGCAUUUCUGGCUGUCUGUGGAGUCAUCACUUACGCAAACAUGGCUGACCCCUGGAAAAGCUUAACCAACAGAUCUUCAGAGGAACAGAAGACAUACCCGGAGAUCCCUGGGUUGAAGCCAGCAAAUCAGGCAGUUCUUCCGAUACCACAAAAAGCCAAUGCCCAUCUUGGGGAUCUUUCCCUUCAAAAACCUCCCAAGCAGCUUCCUGCCCGACGGGGGCCUCCUAACCUGCAAAUCAGGCCACCUUGGAGAGACACCAGGCUGAAUCCACAACAGGGUGUGGCCAAUGGAGAACUCAGCCAGUCUGCUAAGGAACACAAAACGGAGAAGUCUGCCAUUAGCUGGAGAGGAGCAGUGAUAGAGCCAGACCAGAGCAUGGAGCCACCUUCCAACAAAAUAAAGGAACCGGACAAGCCCUCACCUGUGGAAUUUGAAGACCCUAAAGAACCAGUCCCACUCAACGAGCGCCAGAUGGCUGUGAUAGAAGCAUUCCGCCAUGCGUGGAAAGGCUACAAGGAGUUUGCCUGGGGCCACGACGAGCUGAAGCCUAUCUCCAAGUCGUUCAGCGAAUGGUUUGGCCUUGGCCUGACUCUCAUCGAUGCGCUGGACACCAUGUGGAUUUUGGGGUUAAAAGAAGAGUUUGAAGAAGCAAGGAAGUGGGUCGCCACAGACCUCAACUUCGACAAGAAUGUGGACGUCAACCUUUUUGAGAGUGCCAUUCGCAUCCUGGGAGGCCUGCUAAGUGCUUACCACCUCUCUGGGGACAGCCUCUUCCUAGAAAAAGCUAAAGAUAUUGGGAGCAGGCUCAUGCCAGCCUUCAACACCCCAUCUAGGAUCCCGUUUUCAGAUGUCAACAUUGGCCGUGGCACAGCCCAUCCGCCUCGCUGGACAUCUGACAGCACUGUGGCUGAAGUGACCAGCAUCCAGCUGGAGUUCAGGGAGCUUUCGCGCCUCACUGGGGAAGAUAAAUUUCAGAAUGCAGUAGAUGGGGUGAUGAAACAUGUUCACAGCCUGGCCGGGAAGAACGACGGCCUGGUGCCCAUGUUUAUCAACACCAACAGCGGGCAGUUCACUCACCUGGGGGUCUACACCCUUGGGGCCCGAGCAGACAGCUAUUACGAGUACCUGCUGAAGCAGUGGAUCCAGGGAGGGAAGAAAGAAAACGAACUUUUGGAAGAUUAUGUGAAGGGCGUAGAGGGGGUGAAGAUGCACCUUCUCCGGAAAUCUCAGCCGAGAAGACUGACCUUUGUUGGCGAACUUGCUCACGGCCGCUUCAGUGCUAAAAUGGAUCACCUGGUCUGCUUCUUGCCCGGAGCCCUGGCUCUGGGCGCUCACAACGGGCUCCCUGCAGACCACAUGGCCUUGGCGGUAGAGCUUGCAGAAACCUGCUACCAGAUGUACGCGCAAAUGGAGACUGGCCUGAGCCCAGAGAUUGUCCACUUCAACAUGCACGCUCAAAAGGACCGGAAGGAUGUGGAUAUCAAGAUGGCAGACAGACACAACCUCCUGCGUCCUGAGACGGUGGAGAGCCUUUUCUACCUGUAUCGGUUCACUGGUGAUAAGAAGUACCAGAAUUGGGGCUGGGAGAUCUUGCAGAGCUUCAAUAAAUACACUCGGGUCCCCGCUGGCGGCUACACAUCCAUCAACAACGUCCAGAGCACUAGCAACCCUGAGCCAAGAGACAAGAUGGAGAGCUUCUUUCUCGGGGAAACACUGAAGUACCUUUUCUUGCUCUUCUCAGACGAUGUGGACUUGAUCAAUCUCGACAAGUACAUCUUUAACACAGAAGCUCACCCUCUUCCGAUCUGGCCGUCGGCGUAAAUGAACGAUGGGGUGUCAGCCAUUCUCAAUCAUGUCCCAACUUUUUGGGAUCUGAAGGGGGGUGCGCAGAGUGGUGUGGGCUCAUUUCUUGCUGGCAGCACGUCGGGAAGGAACCUCGGAUUAGUGACGGGGAGUUUUCAGCCUGGAGUCCAGACAUGCACGCCCCUUGCGUCUCCUCUCUCCUGUCACACAAACCGGGGCGAGGGUGGGCGAGCAAUGAAUUGUUGUGCCGAGUCCUGCCUGGAGCACAAGACGUUUUGGGAGAAGCAGGGCUGACAUUGAUUUGUCCCUGUGAGAUCCACCGCGCUGUAGAUAAGUCUUGUGAGAGGCUUGAGAAUGCCAAGAAGUUCUGGCUUUAAUCAUUCAAUUGUAGGAGCCUCUACUGGGCCUGUGUGGUAGAGGUAAUAGGAAGAAAUGGGUAUCCUCAUCCCAGAUUAAAAAUCCAGGUUGCUGGUGCGAUUACCGAUUCUCCAGUUACAUUCGAAGCCAUGGAGCUGUGGUGCUGGGCGAACAGAAAAGCUGCUUUUAAGCAGUGUUACCAGUGAUGGAAUCUUCGUGGCACUUUGAGUAAUCUAGUGGAGCUUGCCCCCUCUUGUGAAUUUUGGAGAGUUUUAAGUACAAAGGCUGCUGGUUUGGGUGGAGUGCCGUGUAGCCACUUGUAGGUGUGUUGUGAUAUAUAUAUUUCUAAUCUGCAGAAAUGCAGGCAGACAAUGUGAAAAGAUUUUUGUUCUUAAAAAAGUCAUCCGUGCAGGUUAUAUAUGUUUUGGCUCAGGUAUUCCAACGGGAAGCUGCUUCCUGAGGCUACAGGAGCCCUGAAUAAAUGUGUGAGGUCAUUGAUUUUUCCUUCUCUGGAUUGGAACCCAUGCACUGAAGAAAUCGGUGGGCUUGCUGUCCUUGCCUUCGCUGUGUGUUGCCUCAGCUGGGCCUUUGCUGUAAAGGAGGGCUCUGGUUUGGUCUAGAGAGCAAAUAUGUUAAAUGACCAAACAAAUUUUAGAGGUCUUGAAAGCUCUUCUUAAGGGAAAACGUACUUGAAGGAAGGAACCUCGGCUAGUGGCGUGGCUCUGUGCUGGUGCGCCUGCUUAGUGUCCUUUGGCUUGCCUGCCUACCUCCAGGGUUAUCUCUGAGCGCAAGGGGUCCUGUGCAAUAGCCUGGCUGCAGGAGAGCUAAGGAGGGGAGGUGUUUUUCCUUGGCCUGGGUCUGUUGAGUGUGCUACCCUCUCAAUGAACUUAUUACAACUUUGUGUGGGUUUCAGGGUACACGUUUUGAAAUGUCUUGUCAGCAGUUUUUUGGGUUUUUUUGUGAAUGGUUGCACAGCACCACCCUUCCCUCGUGGUUUUUAUUCCUCCUCCUCCCAGUUGCUCAAUCCCAAGCUCCCAGAGGAGGAUCCCCAUUUCAGCAGGAUUGGGAGGGUGUCUAAAGGCAGCCCUCUCUAGUUUUGAGGCUGACUCUUGUCAUGCAACGCUUUUCACAGCCUGCUAUGGAAUUCCCAGCCGGUGUGCUUUAUGCUUUGCAAAGUAGCACAGUCUGUUAAGCUUGUCUUGUAACCGUUUGGUCGCUCUGCUGUUGAGCUGGAGCAACUGCUUUUAAUAUCUGGGGGUACAAAUUAGUGGCAAGUUGUUCUGCUCCAGCCUUGUUGGAAUGGAUCAGAGAGCUGCGCUGGCACAGGAGGAGAAUUUCCCAUUGGAUCAUGCUCUUGGCAGGCCCUCUGUCUUUUCUAGAACUGUGACAGUGGUUUACAGAAAGUAUUCUGCAAGUCACAUUAAAUCUGGUGUACACAGUGGUGGAAGACUCAUUCUGACCACUGCAACUGUUCUUGCAAGUCUUUGCAAUCAAAAAGCAAGUUUUCAGAGAGAGUACAUUUGGAUUCUGCCUUAAUAGCUGGUGCAGCGCAGUGGCCAAGAGUCUAGAGUUGUGCAUUAAGGCCACACUUCGAAUCUUGCCUCUGCCUGGGACUUGCUGGGUGGCAGAUAUUCUCUCAGCCUUAAGCUUCACCCCAAAGUACAGGGAUGAUUAUAACGGCUCUACUUUGUAGAAUGCCUGAUAAGAAGUGCAAUAUAAACACUAAGGAUAAUUCAUUCCCAGUUUUGCUCUUAUAACCAUAGACUUUCACAGGAAGGUGCCGUGUGCCAAUUGUUUUACAUGACGCCUGUUUACAGUUGCUGAGGCAGGGAAGGAAAUGGGGUGGAGCCUCCUGAGUGGCAGCAGAAAAGCAAUCAGGUCAGACUCCUGUCCUGGGCAGUACAGGGACACAGCCAAUCUUUGGAUGCCUCCCUCUCCCUAGUCCAAGAAAGAGGGCGAGUGUGUGUGUGUGUGUCAGUUGGGGCACUGUUGUGUUCCUGUUCCCCACCCUACUCACAAGUGCACCCUGGAAUUUAAAAGCCAUAUUGUAAAGCUGAACAGUUGUCCUGUUCUGGGGAGGCCAAUGCUCAAUUUUGCACUCAGGCCUUCUCUGUACACAAGUGGAAAGAGGGGGACGGUGCCUCCUGGAACGAGUGGCGAAGGCUUUCCCUGGUUGACAGAGGUUACAUGCAGUCGGUCAGAUGCCAGGCUGAGCCUUUUUGGCAGUCUGCCAUGCUGGAACAAGAUCUCAAACUCGGGAGCCCCAUCCAGAAGCUAAAAGCAGAAUGAAUAAAUGAGCCACUCUUGCAGAAUGUGGCUUCUGUUGCUGCAGAAUCCUGAAGUCUCCCCCCCCACAUGUAGAGUAUUCACUGCUCCCCACAAAAGCCAAACUUCCUUCAUUUCCUUUUUUUUUCCAAAGCAAGAGAUGCUAGCCGCUUCAGGAAAACAAAUGCAUAUUUUCACUUUCUUGCUUUGCAUUGCCAACUCUGCAAACAUUCCUUUAGUCUUCUGUGGUUAUUGUAUGAGCAGAUAGGAUAUGGGGGUGGAGAAUAAGAACCCGUCUUACUUAAAACAUGGCCAAUUCUUUCUCCCAUGUCUUAAAGAGGGGGAAAUGGGAGUCUCUGAGCCACCUCCUCUAGCAAGAGAAUUGUGCCAAGCAGCAACCAGGAGCUACGUGGCAGCUGCAGACUUGAUAGAAAGUGAAGGCCAGACCUCCCAAUGCCCAUCCUCACGUCCAGAUGCUCAGUACUUCCCUGUUUCCUCCUCUGCGGCGGCAGAAGCCUGGUGCGUGCUCCAAGACUAGCCCAUCUACUUUUCCCAUACAGUUGUUUUAAAGCUGUCUGGCUUCCUCCCCUACCCCCCCCCCAAAAAAAGACAUGUUACUGAAGCCUUGCUGGUGCGUUAUCUGGUCCACUGUAUUUGUUAAUGGAAGAGUCCAUUCCUUCAUGAAUGUGCAAAAGAUUUAAGUGUACUUCACCUUUUCAAGAGGUAGAAGAAAUCUAUCUUAAAUUCAAUUAAGAUUUAAAUAAAAUUGUCUGCUGUAUUAAGUCAGAAGCUAAUCUGCACAAUUCUAUUCCACUUUAAUAAACUUGUAAUUUAUUUUGA